CUGCUUUCAGAUGAGUGUACGCCAUUGCACACGGUAUCACCACAGUAGAUUAUCACAAAGUUUGAGGAAACCAUGGUCCUGUAAUUUCAGCUGCUCAGUCAAGACUACCAUGGUGUUGUAGUACUCUGCAUAAUAUUACAUAAGUUAGUUGAAAUGCCACCACCGACAUAUAUCUACGAAGGUAACGAUGUCAUUCGGGACAGAGAGAUAUUCGCUGCUAAGUCGCAGGAACUCAAAUGGUACUGGACUUUGCUGAUAUACUUAGCUGUACUAUUCCUCCUGGCCCCCAUCUACUUUUCUUUUGAUUUGGCCGCCUCAGAGGCCGAUUCUACGAGGAACAUUCCACUGGCGAUUGCACUUGGCACUAUUACAUUGAUCAUAGCGUUGAUAGAGCUUUUGAUGUACUGGAUGAUUCGGAAGGCCCAGUGUAUGACAAUUAGAGGGAAAUACUUUUACCUCGCAUUCUUCUCUACGCAGUUCGUAUCCGCUGUCGUCUUCAUUCUGUCGAUGAUAUGGUCGUCUGGAAUGGUUGGCACUACCGAAAGUGUGACCGUCGCCGGAAAUGACAUUCUCCUGCCGGAUCAACAAUCGUCCAAUGUGCUAUUUGCGCUGUGGGUGCUACGAAAGCUUUUCACCGUACUACUCAUGGUUCUUAUUACGGGAAGGAUGAGGUACAUCGUCAAUCUCUACGUCAAUACCAAAAGACUGCGAGAGGAGGACGAAUGGAAGAAUUACUACGCACAAUUGGUUGUCUUUUUCCCGGCCGCCUACAUCGAUUUUCUCGUCGAGAUAUAUGCAUCUUACAUUCUAGAGUUCUACAAUGGCUACAAGCUGCAGUACAGUUCAUCGUCCAUUGUGUACUUCUACGCAACGGUCGUUCUGGCUAUCCAACUGGCUCAAAGUAGGGAUUGGCGUCACUCGAUACUCGAUUGGGAUGCCGAUUUGCGAUUGGCUAUCAUAUCAUUGAUAAUCUUUCUGAUCUGGUGCGUCAUAGUUACGCAAGAACCGGAAACAUACAUGUUUGACUUCUUGAUUGCGGGCUUAGGCCAGUACAAUCUUAUGGUCUACGGCUUUGAUAUCCUGGUUGCUCAGUACAUCUACUGCCGUGAGUUUGCAGCCGAUACCGGGCAUGUCCCAAUGUACAGUGAUUCGCUCACGCGGCAGCCACACCGUACGUCCGUGGAUGAAACGGGUGAUGCAGCAAUGGAUCAUGGUUCGCGACAAGGACGAGCAACGGUGACCAGUAAUAAAGAUUGGUAUCGCAGAUUAGAUGAGCUGCAGAAUAGAGCGCUAUACCAACUAAAUGUGGAUUUGAGUGCGGAGCAGCCCUACACAUUGCACACAAUGAGGACGCCGGGAGACAGGACAAUGACAGAACGCCAAUGGGAAGUCCAGAGACACAAAAAUCGUAAUCGCGAGGAAAUAGAGGCUGGCGUUAUUGCACAAGUCACAAGUAUCAGCUCCGACACAGAUCACGCGUCUGUUGAUGACACCGAGGAAGGAGUUCACGAUGUCAAUUCGAACUUCAUCGCUAAUGAAACAUAUGACGGGAUGCAACAGGCUAGCAUAGAACAAACCCCUAGUGUGACAACUGCCUCUGUCCCAGGUAAAGAAUCCGCACUCGACCCGCAAGCACCAUCAUAGUAUGAGGUAUCUUUCGCAAUGGCCCUAAUAUCCGCGUUAAUACAAGGUUGACGGUACCAAGGUCACAUAGGUUUCUCAAGGUUAUAGCGUCAUUGUAUUAAAACUGCUGAAGGUUACGCACUUUGAGACGGAUUGGGAUUACGCGACAAUCCUGCUAUCCAUUACCAUUAGAGCGCGGCUGCUAAGGUUGUGAGAUAUCUUUUCAUAGGUUGUGAGACGCCAUCACUCGCUGUCAUGAGAGUCACAAUGGUGAGCAUGGUUAAAUUUCAAGUGUGGACGGUAGUCCACGAUGAGACUUUAACAUCGAGCAUCAGGGUGUGAAUAAUAUCUCACUCUGUCAUACACGUGGACAAGUCGACCCGCAUCGACAAAAUUGUCGACAGAUAAUAGCACUUCGGCGGGCCCAUCAGAGUCUUCACUAUUAUUAAUCCGGUUACUACUCGCAUACUUGUACGAAGGUCUUUUCGAUGUAAUACAUAAUGAAGAUAUUCUCGAUAAAGUGGAGGUGUGCAACGUCAUCGACUAUUGGCAGCGAGUACAGCCACAAGUCGAAGGCACAAUCCAAUGAAAACCUAGCACUUAUUCUCUAAAUUCUUACCAGCCACGAAC